AUGCCAAAUAGACAAGCUAUUGCUGAGUUGGUUCCAAGAGUUAAAGAUCUAAUUACUGAAGAUAGGAAUUGGAAACAGAAUCUUAUUCAAGAAUUAUUUCCCCAAGACAUUGCAAACAGGAUUUUGUCAGUUAAAAUUCAGCAGAGUAGAGACAAAUUGCAAUGGGAUUUAAACAAAUCCAAACAAUAUGAUACAGCUUCAGGUUACAGAAUUGGCUAUUUAUUCUACCAUUCGCCUCUGGAGCUUUGCCCUAAUUAUAUGCAACAGAAAAAGCCGUGGAUUGAUCUAUGGAAGUUGUACUUGCCUCACAAAAUUAAGCUAUUUAUCUGUAAAGCUCUCCAUGGCCGGCUCCCGGUGCUUGCUCAGAUUCAUCACCGCAUCCCAUCUAUAUCACCAAUAUGCCCCUGCUGUCAUGAAGCCACCGAAACAGUCACUCAUUGUUUGAUCGAUUGCUCUAGAAUUAAAGAUGUAUGGUCUCAGAGUUAUCUUCGUGACUGUCUUCCCCCUCAGAGUCCUAACGACUUUUGGACAUGGUGGAUUGCAUCAACAGAGAUGCUUAACCUGUUGAAAAAUGAUGACCGUAAUCCUCAAUUGCUUGCCAUCAUUUGCUGGAACUGCUGGAAAGCUCGCAACCAGUUGAUUUUUGAAGGUUCUACUUCAAUGCCGUCUGCCAUUCUAGCAAGCUCUGUCAAGUUGCUCCGUGAAAUCCAAAGAACUCCCAGUUUAGGUCGUCAUCUCCAUGAGGCAAGCUCUUAG